CUCUCUUUCUCUCUCUCCAACCUCGAAUCUCGGAAACACCUUCCCCUCUCUCUCUCUCUCUCUCUCUCUCCAUCGAAAUGGCCCAGCUUCCUUGCGACAACGACGGGGCGUGCCUACGAUGCAAGGCCAAGCCUCCCCAGGAAGAAACCCUCACGUGCGGCACGUGCGGCACUCCCUGGCACGCGGCGUGCCUCUCCUCCCCUCCCGAAACCCUAGCUUCCACUCUACAGUGGCACUGCCCCGACUGCUCCGGCGAAAUCGACCCUCUCCUCCCCGUUUCCGGAGUCGAAUCCGGCGGCGGAUCGGACCUGGUAGCGGCGAUUCGCGCGAUCGAGGCCGACGAGUCUCUGACGGACGCGGAUAAGGCUAAGAAGAGGCAGGAGCUGCUCAGCGGCAAAUCCGCCGACGAUGAGGAUGAUGAAGAAGAAGAAGACGCGAAGAAGAGCGCGGGUGGGCUCGAUGUUGAUCUCUUGAAGGCGCUCGGUGAAAACUUGAACUGUUCGUUCUGUAUUCAGCUGCCUGAGAGGCCCGUCACGACACCAUGCGGGCACAACUUCUGUUUGAAGUGUUUUGAGAAGUGGAUUGGUCAAGGGAAGCGAACCUGUGCUAAAUGCCGUAGCCCAAUCCCUCCUAAAAUGGCAAGCAAUCCUAGGAUUAACUCCUCCCUCGUGUCUGCCAUUCGUCUGGCCAGGGUUUCCAAGAGUGCUGGUGCGGGUACUGGGAAAGUUUUUCAUUUUAUAAGUAACCAAGACCGACCAGAUAAGGCAUUUACAACCGAGCGUGCCAAGAAAACCGGGAAGGCAAAUGCUGCCAGUGGCAGGAUCUACGUGACGAUACCGCCUGAUCACUUUGGUCCUAUUCCUGCUGAAAAUGAUCCUGUCAGAAAUCAAGGUGUCUUAGUUGGAGAAAGCUGGGAGGAUAGGUUGGAAUGUAGGCAGUGGGGAGCUCAUUUCCCGCACGUUGCUGGCAUUGCUGGACAGUCCAAUUAUGGAGCUCAAUCCGUGGCACUCUCUGGAGGUUACGAGGACGAUGAGGAUCAUGGAGAAUGGUUUUUGUACACAGGAAGUGGAGGAAGAGACCUUAGCGGCAACAAAAGGACUAACAAGGAUCAAUCCUUUGAUCAGAAGUUUGAAAAGUCAAACGAAGCUUUAAGAGUUAGUUGCAAAAUGGGCUAUCCCGUUCGAGUUGUCAGGUCUCACAAGGAGAAGCGUUCUGCAUAUGCCCCUGAGGCAGGAGUGAGAUAUGAUGGGGUUUACAGGAUUGAGAAGUGCUGGAGAAAAGUUGGAAUACAGGGUUCUUUCAAGGUCUGUCGUUACCUAUUUGUUAGGUGUGACAAUGAGCCUGCUCCAUGGACCAGUGAUGAGCAUGGGGAUCGUCCAAGACCUUUGCCUAACAUUCCAGAGCUUAAGAUGGCAACAGAGCUCUUUGAGAGAAAGGAAAGUCCAUCAUGGAAUUUUGAUGAAGGUGAGGCUUGUUGGAAAUGGAUGAAGCCUCCACCUGCUAGUUUAAAGGCAGUUAAUGUUUUGGAUCCUGAGGAGAGGAAGACUAUGAAGAGAGCCAUAAAGGCGGCACAUUCAAAUUCCGUGAGAGAAAAACUUCUGAAAGAGUUUAGCUGCAAGAUCUGCCGUCAAGUAAUGACUCUUCCUGUGACAACACCUUGUGCUCAUAACUUCUGCAAGGCUUGCUUAGAAGAUAAGUUUGCUGGGCAAACUCUAGUGAGAGAAAGAAGCAGAGGUGGGCGGACACUUCGUGCACAGAAGAACGUCAUGAACUGCCCAUGUUGCCCCACUGACAUCUCUGACUUUCUCCAGAACCCUCAGGUUAACAGAGAAGUAAUGGAGGUGAUAGAGAAGCUGAAGAACAAGGAAGAGGACAAGGCAGAGUCUGAAGAAGUUGAAGACGCAAGUAUGGAAGAAAAAGCUGAGUCAGAGUCUGAGGAAAACUGUGAGACUACCGACCCUGAAGAAGAAACUCCAGUAGUGACUGAAGAAGCCGAACAACCGAGGAAGAGGGCCAAGCUUGACAUUGACACAGUAGUUCCUGCGACUAUGCUGGAAUCUGGCAUGAAGUAGUGAGGGAGAGGGGCCAUUCUAAUGUGCUUUUUUUUUUGGAUCGAACCAUCAGGUAAAAUAGAGAUGGUUUUUUUUUUGUAUCUCGGAACCAAUGACGGAAAAAAAACUCUUAGUACGUCUAUUGUGGAACGUAUGUAUUAUGAUCGGGAAGUGACUUUGAAAGCUUUGUCUUGUUUUUAGCCUUGUUUUCAUCUGUUCAUGCAAUCGAAUUAAUGAGAGCUUUGUCAGUAACAA